AUGUCAUACAUCAGCGAGGAAGAGGCCUUCGAAGAUCUUUGGGACCAAAUGGAGGAGCUUUCGAAGUCUUGUGACAGAGCAGAUGGCAAACUGUCGCGUGGGAUCGCAAGAUACCUCAUUGGCUAUAUCAACCUCCCGCAGUCCUACCGCAUCCGCGCUCACAUGGCUCUGACCUCUGUCUUGUGUGCCCAGGACACGCUUCGUGAUGCUGAGGAGGAUUAUGCAGAGGUCCAAGUCAAGGUCUCAGCUGGUCGACACGCUCAGAUGCAGGCUGAGCUUCAUGCUGAGCUCCAGGGUAUCAGAGAAACAUACAAGGAGAAGGUAUCGGAUAAGUGGACUGUCGAUGAUGAAGACGAGACCGCCGAUGAAAUUGCAACUUCCACACUCACAGAGUCGCCCCAGCGCGGUCCCGGCAGCCAAGAGGACCCUAUCGACCUCACUUUGGAGAACGAGUCAAGCUCUGAAGAUAACACCAACGACCAGUCUCCAGUCGACUCUGGUUACGCGGAGGCAACAGACUUCAUCGCUCCUCUUCCUACAUCCACCAAGAAUGCUCGUCGUCUCAGCAUUGACAACACCGUCGAUUACGGCAUGGAUCUCCUACAACGAAACACCAACAUGAGGAACACAAUCAGAGUUAUAAUAGUCAAAGAAAGCUGUCCGGAACAGCAGGUCCAGGACCACCUCUUCAGUACAUCUUGA